UGUGUCUGUGGAGUAAGGUAUUUGACAUAGUGACAGACUCCUUCAAGGAAAACGUUAUUUUAAUGCUGUUGUGUGAUUUAAAGAAUAAAGAAAAUGAAAGUUGUUGCACUGAUAAGUGGUGGCAAAGACAGCUGUUACAACAUGAUGCAGUGUGUUGCUGCAGGACACACUAUAGUAGCUCUGGCCAACCUCCGACCAGCUCACACAGAUGAACUUGACAGCUACAUGUAUCAAACGGUUGGGCAUCAGGCUAUUGAGCUGUAUGCAGAGGCCAUGGAUCUGCCGCUCUACAGAAGGACCAUCGAGGGCUCGAGUGUGGACACAAGCAGAGAAUACAGUCCGAACAACGCCGAUGAGGUGGAAGACCUGUACCAGCUGCUUCAACUUGUGAAGGAAAAGGAGGGUGUUGAGGCUGUAUCAGUAGGAGCCAUUCUGUCUGACUACCAGAGAGUUCGGGUGGAAAACGUGUGCUCCAGGUUGCAGCUCCAGCCUCUGGCGUAUUUGUGGCGCCGGGAGCAGGCUGCUCUGCUCAGUGAGAUGAUCUCCUCUGGCCUUGAGGCCUUCCUCAUCAAGGUAGCAGCGUACGGUCUGAAUCCUGGAACACAUUUAGGAAAAACUCUGGUCGAGAUGGAACCCUAUCUGCAUCAGCUUUCAGAGAAGUACGGAGUGCAUAUCUGUGGCGAAGGCGGCGAGUACGAGACCUUCACCACUGACUGCCCUCUCUUCAAGAAAAGGAUAGUCAUUGAUGCAAUGGAGACGGUUAUCCAUUCAGACGAUGCCUUCGCCCCAGUCGCGUACCUGCGCUUUACACAGAUGCACACAGAAGACAAACUUACCGUCUCCACGGAGAGCGCGAUGCCCCUCGCUAGCUGUCCUUGCCAGAGUGCCAUUGACAUGAUGACUGAGGAGACGGUCUAUGCUGAUAAAACCCAAGACGUACAGGAGGAAUUUGCAUCAAAUGCGUGCCAGUUUAUGAGCUCAGCCAGAAGUUCUGCAGGUUAUCAGUGGAUCACUGGAAUCACUGGCCAUUCCUCUGAGCACACAGAUAUCCAGAGUCAGACGCAGCAUGCCUUCACUGUGCUGCAAGGUGAAUUACAGGAGACGGGGUGGCAGCUGAAGCACACUGUGUUGGUUCACUUGUAUGUGAGAAACAUGGAGGACUUUGGGAAAGUGAACGCAGUGUACCGUACUUUCUUCAGCCAUUGCCCUCCAGCCAGGGUGUGUGUUCAGGCUCGGCUGCCCGUGGGUCAGCUCUUGCAGAUGGAUGUGCUGCUUCACCACUGGUCUGUGGCUCCUGAAGAGGGGUGCUUCCCGCACAGAGACACGCUGCACGUGCAGAGUGUGUCUCAUUGGGCGCCGGCGAACAUCGGGCCCUACAGCCAGGCUGUGCAGGUGGACGAAGCCGUGUUCUGUGCAGGCCAGAUCGCUCUGGUUCCCUGCACCAUGCAGCUGCUGAGAGCAGGUCCAGGCUCACAGGCCCCGCUGUGUUUCAGCCACAUGGAAAAAGUGCUGCGUGCCAUGAGAGCCACUCUCACAUUGGGACACACACUGCAGGCACACUGCUAUGUCACAGACCUAACACACAUACCGGCCGUCAGAAAGGUGUGGCGCGAUAAGAUACAGGACGCUCAAGACCAGGAGGCAUGCGAUGGAGUCGAGGAGGAGAUUCACUGCCCCCCUCUGGUUGUUUCAGUGAUGCCCUCAUUGCCCAGAGGAGCAGCAGUGGAACUUCAUGUCAUUGCUGUGCAGGACGUACCUGCAGAGAGGACUUCCCGCCAGAUGACCUCUGAGAUCCCAGGAGGUACUAUCCACUGGCAGGUGCUGCAGUCCAGUAUCCGCCAUUACGCCACUCUGUCCCUGAGCGUGUCCCUGCAUGAGUCAUGCACAACACCAGAGCGCAUGGGCACAGAGGGCAUCCUGGGGGCAGUGAGCACCUCCUUCCAGCAAGCUCUAGAGCAGAUGGAACAGGCUCUGUCUCCUUUAUGCACCAGAGUCUUCUACAAGGACAGCAAUAAGUUAGCCACUGAGCUCGCUGCAGGGCUGCAGGGUUGCUUCGAGAGCAGACUGGGUGCGAAAAGGCCGGCGCUGAUGCUGGUUCCUGUGCUGGAACUGCCGGACUGCACUCUCCUUCACCUCUCCUGUUGGCUCAGCACAUAAUGGAGGACGAGGACCACACACAGAGAUCUCAGGCUGGACUGGUAGCAGCUUGCCAGUGUCCACUGGUAUACCGUAUGACUGCAUUUUUAAACUUCAAGACAUUUCAUCGUUCAUCCGACGAGUCCUGUUGAUCAGCUAGACUUAAAUUUGUCUAGUCACCUUGACUUGUUACUAAUAAGCCAUUUUGAAAUUAGCUAAACUGAAUAAACACCUUAAUAGACAUACGCAUCCACCAGCACACACACAUAUCAGUAAACCAAGACUGUGUGGAAAAACUACACAGAUACCCCUUUUCGACCAACAGGGUUCCGUUCCAAAUUUUGAACCGUUCAGAGCCUUUCGACCAAAAAUAAAUGGGUUCAGAACCUGAAAAAUUGGUUCCCAGCUGGAACCAAAAUAUAGCUGGUUUGUCCAGCGCAAACUGUGAUGACAUCAGAAGAAGAAGCCUUUAUUUGUCAUAUGUACACUCAAGCACAGACCUAACCACACAGUGAAAUUCCUCCUCUGAUUUUAACCCAUCUGAAGCAGUGAGCACACACAAGUGAGCAAUGAGCGCACCCAAACAUACCCAGAGCAGUGGGCAGCUAUGCUACAGCACCUGGGGAGCAGUUGGAGGUUAGGUGCCUUGCUCAAGGGCACUUCAGCCCAACCUUCAUGGCUGCCCCAUGUUAACCUAACUGCAUGUCUUUGGACUGUGGGGGAAACCAGAGCACCCGGAGGAAACCCACGGGGAGAACAUGCAAACUCAACACAGAACGGCCCCCAUCAGCCACUGGGCUCAAACCCAGAACCUUUUUGCUGUGAAUAGACAGUGCUAACCAUUACACUACCAUGUUGCCCAGUGGGCGUGUCAUUAGUUUGGAGAGCACAGCAGUGUAGAACGCAAUGGAAAAGAAUACAUCUUCAGAAAAAAAAUGGACCGAAAACAAAUAUCUGCAAUAACUGAACAAAAGCUCACAGGUAAUCAGUGCACGCCACCAUCUUGGUACUACUCCCGUUAUGAAUUGUAUAACACCCUCCGUUCAUAACGCAUCCUUGAUUACAAUGUUUCCACUCAAAACUGGUGAAAACGUGGGUCGGUUUGCUUGCUGGCACCAAGGUUCAAAGUAUCCUGAACGGAACCGGUUCAAGAACCCAUUCCCUGUUGGUCGAAAAAGAGUAAGAGUGCUUAACCUCAAGAACACCAAGCUUGAACAGUAGCAUACUGUACUGUAUGUAAAGCCUCGGUCACAACCGGCCGUACGUGCUCCUACGGCCGGUCUACGUGCAAAAAACGCAAGAAACGCACGGAGGGCGCGCGUGUGACGUGAUGAUUUUCGAGCCGUAGACCGGCCGCAGAGGUUCUUUGUCAUGUCAAACAAACUCUACGGGCGCUUACGUUUUUUUCAGGUUGCAAGACAAACUUGCGGCCAACGUACGUCUUUCUCCACGAACAAAAAAAACAGCGAUUUGGGAAACACCAAAAAUCGCACGGCCAAAAAAUCGUACGUCCGGUUGUGACCUAGGCUUAAUUUAGAAUUCACACUGAAAUUGGAAAGUAGGUAAUGGGAUUGCACAGCGCAAGUGACCUUCUGCUCUAUCCAUGUCUCUCCUGCUCUGUUCCAAUAAGCUCUGCUCUAUUGGCGCCAGUGGUGGAAAUGGUUUGUUUUUAUGGAGAAUGAUAUCCACAGCUGGCCAUACGUAAAAUAAAGCCAGUUUGUUGACAUGAAUGAUUAAUGUGCAAACAUACAUGCCAGAUAAAACUGUGGUAGGUUAUGUGUUUACUGACACAAGUCCGAUUUGAACAGACCUCUUUGGAGAUUACGAAUCCUUCACAUAAUCAUGCGCACACACAAAAAAAAAAAAAAUCCUGAAGGAGAGAAAACUGGGAGAGAUGGUCUUGGUGUGGAUAUAGUUCAGAAUAACAUUAUAUUUGUGUGACGGCCUGGGAAAACCCUUCAUGUUUCCGGAUAGAUAUGGUUCUGAAUACUGCAAGUUUUCCUGAACUGAACUUUGUAUCUCUUUGGCAUGUAUCUCAACCUCAAACAAGUAAAGUUUUAGCAUUUUAAAGUCUGAUUACGCCUAAAAGUGAAAAGAGAGAAAAUCUAAUUUAAGGAGCAUCACAGACAUUUUGACAGAUGGUAUGUGAUUACAGAGUUGAUUAGACUAAUCCAAUGGCAAUAGCUAUCCAACAACCUGACACUGUGUGAGGAAAUCACACUUAAGGUCACCAGCAAGGUUUGAGGCAUAUUAAAACAGAUUGACUGUUCUUACGACAGGAUUUUUUUUUUUUAAUAAAAGCUCAUCUGGCUAUAGGCCAGGCUGGAUGACCUUAUGCGUUCGCGCAUCGUCUGUCGUCCUUCCGUCGUCGUCCGUCCACGAUUUACAAAAAUCGCUACUCCUCCUACAGGAUUGAUCAGAUUUUGAUCAAACUCCUAUACAAUGUUCCCCAACUGGAUGUGCAUAAAAGUUGUCAAGAUGGUGGCGCCACCUGUCAUAUUUACGAUUUUAUGGGUGUCUUUGCCGCUAUGAGACAACUUUUAUUUUGCAGGAAAAUCAAGUAGGCCAGAUAAAAACAUUAAAACAAACUUAGAAAAAAUUGUUCAUGUUGUUUUGGUGAAAUAUAUUUAUGAUUUUCCUAGGCUGGUUGACAUGAAUACAUUUUAGUUUUAAAACGCAUUACUUUUUUUUUUUCUACGUUUACGGUUGGCGUCCAUAUUAGUCUGGAGUUUUCAAGCCCCUAAAAUGGAGACUUUUGGAAAUGCUGCUGGCACCAUUUUAGUUUGAAAACUCCUCCUGAGAUGCGUUUGUAGUUUGGACAGAUAGAAAUUGAGACUUUUAGAAACAAUGACGCAGACACCCAGGUUCGCAGCCUAAUUGGGUUUUAUCACUCACAACAUGUCCUUCCCUGAUUCGUCACACAACUAUUACGUGACCAUUUUCCAUAAGAAAACAAACCAGUGCAUAUGAUGAGAAGGUCCUGGCUGCAGCCCAGAGAACGAGUCAGGAAAUAUGUAGCCUUGUCCCAAACUAUAACUAUAACCCUUUGGGCGUGGCUACAUGUGUAGCCCCGCCUCUAACUAGGGCUGCAACGAUUCACUAACACACCGAUUCGAUUCAAUUCACGAUUCAGACCCUUCGAUUCGAUUCGAUUCUGCAACUAAAUAUAAAGGAAAAACAAACCUCAGAUUUUAAACUUUAAUUAACAAAAUCUGAUUGAAAUUUGUCUGGAAGGAUGAAAACUUUCCAAAUGCUGACUAGGGAACAGGAUAUGUAAGUGUAAAACGCUUAAAAUAAAAUAAGUUAAAAUAAGGAUAUU